GUAGGGGAGCCCAGCCCAGCCCGGCCCGGCCCUGGCUGAGCCGCCGCGCAUCCCCCGCAGCGCGUGUAUCACCCCGACUACAACAACGAGCUCACGCAGUUCCUGCCCCGCAUCAUCGUGCUCAAGAAGCCGCCCGGGGCGCAGCUGGGCUUCAACAUCCGGGGAGGAAAAGCCUCGCAGUUAGGAAUCUUCAUCUCCAAGGUGAUUCCCAACUCGGAUGCUCACAGGGCCGGGCUGCAGGAGGGGGACCAGGUGCUCUCAGUGAAUGAUGUGGAUUUCCAGGACAUUGAACACAGCAAGGCAGUGGAGAUCCUGAAGACAGCACAGGAGUUUAUGAUGUAUGUCCAGUACUUCCCCUACAGAAACACGAUAUCAAAGUUUGGAAGAUGGCCAAAAGAACAAAAGAGCAUGCGCAAGGAGACGAGGUGAAAAGUUCAGCUCAGAGGAUGACUAUGUGCUUCAUCCCCAAAGACCCCCGACGACCACCAGAGUGAUCAAUAAGGAGCAGUGCGCAGCCGCAGAUAGCCGUGGAACUAAUUUUAAUACGAAGCGGGGACAGGCGGGGUUAGGAAAUAAAUAUGUAUUAGGCGUAUCGUAUAACCCGAGUUUGUAGAGAUAAAAAGGGAGAAACAAAGCUCCCAGGGGUGCAUGUCUUUGAGGAGUUAUCCCCAUGCACCUCAGCGCUGAAUAAAUUCAUACCUACUCUCAGAACCACUCUGUGAGUUAUAGAGUCUUCUCUCCACACAUCAUUUUGGUGAGCCAGCCAGGAGGAUCUCUGUCCGGCUGUGGGAGCGGCCGAGGAGCGGAUUCCCUGGCGCGCCCCCAGGACCUUCCCAGGAGGGACCCCGGACCUCGGCUCGCUCACCGCGGGGACAGACAACGACCUGCUGGCCUUGCGGAUAAAGGAACAGAAACCUCCAGUGGACAAAAGAGGCCACGCAAGCCUUUCAUCAACUGAAGAAUGCUCUAAUGUCAGCCCCGGCUCUCGGACUCCCGAAUGUAAGUAAACCGUUUUUCCUGUUCUCCCAUGAAAAGCAGGGAAUCGCCCUGGGGAUACUGGCCCAGGACCUGGGUCCAUACCGGAGAGCAGUUGCUUACUUCUCCAAGCAACUAGACACAACAGCCAAGGGAUGGCCAGGAUGUCUCAGAGCUGUUGCAGCUGUGGUGCUGAAUAUUCAAGAGGCACGCAAAUUCACUCUGGGCCAGAAAAUGACCGUAUUUGUGUCUCACGCAGUGUCUGCAGUCCUGGAAGUAAAGGGCGGGCACUGGCUUUCCCCACAAAGGUUCCUGAAGUAUCAAGCCAUCAUGGUAGAACAAGACGAUGUAGAGAUAGUUGUAACUAACAUUAUCAACCCAGCUUCUUUCCUCAGUGGGAAUCAAGGGGAGCCAGUACACCACGACUGCUUGGAGACCAUCGAAACCUCCUACUCCAGCCACCCAGAUCUGAAGGACACCCCUUUGGAUGACGCAGAAACCUGGUUCACUGAUGGGAGCAGCUAUGUCAUCAGUGGAAAGCGACAUGCUGGGUAUGCAGUUACCACCUGCAGAGAGGUAAUAGAAUCUGGACCCUUGCCAACAGAUACCUCUGCACAAAAGGCUGAGAUAAUCGCUCUAACCCGUGCUCUAGAGAUCGCGAAAGGAAAGAAAGUAAACAUUUAUACAGACUCGAGAUAUGCAUUUGGGGUUGUACACGCACAUGGAGCCAUUUGGAAAGAAAGGGGACUGUUAAACUCACAAGGGAAAAACAUCAAGCAUUCUCAGGAAAUAUUGCGGCUACUGGAAGCAGUCCAGCUACCUGAGCAGGUAGCAAUUAUGCAUAUCAAGGCACACCAGAAGGUGAGCUCUGAAUUGGAGGAAGGAAACGAGCUGGCGGACAGAGAGGCAAAAGAAGCAGCAAAAGGUGAGAUAACGAUCGAGGGAGCCUUAAUUCCUGAUGGACAGGUCUCCCUGGAAGGUAAGCCAGUAUAUACCAGAAAAGAUAGAAAAUUAAUUCAGGAUCAAGGAGGAAAGUAUAACCAAGAGGGAUGGGCUAUUACUGCAGGUGGGACAAUAGUCAUCCCUUCUCAUUUGUUAUGGUCUCUAGUAAGAGAAGAGCAUCAGAAAACACACUGGGGAAUAGAAGCCCUGUAUAACUAUCUAAUUGAAAAGAUUACUGCCAGGAAUUUAUAUUCUACUGUCAUCCAGGUAACCCGGCAGUGUGAUAUUUGCCUCCAGACCAAACCCAAAAAUACUCCCAAACCAAAACUAGGUCAAAUUGGAAAAGGCCACGGGCCUGGACAACAGUGGCAAAUUGACUUUUCAGAACUCCCAAGAAAAGGGGGGUAUCGAUACUUGCUGGUUUUAACAGAUACCUUUUCAGGGUGGCCAGAGGCUUUUCCCACCAGAACUGCCAAAGCCCGGGAGGUAACCAAAGUAUUACUACAAGAGGUAAUACCACGCUUUGGAGUUCCAGCCACAAUAUCUUCAGAUAGGGGGCCACACUUUAUUUCAAAAAUAGUACAGCAAAUCAGUCAUCACCUGGGCAUAGACUGGGAGCUCCAUACCCCUUAUCGCCCCCAAUCAAGUGGCCAAGUGGAAAAAAUGAACCAUUUAAUAAAACAGCAAAUUGUUAGGCUGGGACAAGAAGCUAAUUUACCCUGGCCUCAAUCUCUCCCACUGGCAUUGCUGCGGAUCCGAACCAAGCCUAGAGCUAAAGAAAAAUUAAGUCCCUUUGAAAUGCUUUACGGGAGACCAUAUGGCGUGCAAAAGGGAUUGUCCACCCAGGUAGGGGAGGAGAGGCUGACUGCCUAUAUGAUAGCCUUAAGCAAACAGCUCAAAGCAAUUGAGAAACAUGGGGCUGGAACUCGGAGCAGAGGGCUGGAUGGGCCAGUGCAUGACAUACAGCCUGGAGAUUAUGUGUAUGUUAAGUCUUGCAGAAAAAACUUUGGAGCCACAGUGGGAAGGACCGUUCCAGGUGCUUCUCACCACCUUCACUGCAGUUAAAAUCAAGGAACAGAGCACCUGGAUUCACCAUUCUCGAGUGAAGAAGGCUCCAGAAACUCCUUGGAAAGUAAUCCCAGGUGACAAUGAACUGAAAUUAAAACUUACUCAGGCAUAAUGAAUACACUGUGGUUGAGAAUAUUCCAUAAUUUAGCAUGCAGGAAUCCAAUCAAUAGAAUUGUUUUGUUUGUUUUGCCUGUAGCUAUAAGUGCAACCCAAGAACUGGAAAGCGUCUCUAACCAGAAAAAUGCUGAAUGGCCUUGGUCCCAAGCUUUCACUCAGUAUACUGGAAAUUUCCAAAAUACUACCGAAGGGGAAAGAAGCUGGGGACCAGGACCAUAAGCUAAUAAUAAACACACUAAAUAUAGCCCAAAACAAUGUGUCGUUAGCCCUCAGCUGCAUACAGGCACAAUUAUGGAUACAAUCAAUCAUUGCUCUAGUAAUAAGGGAGGGAAAUGAAGGUGCUUUUCCAAUUGAAAUUCGGAAAACUGUCUGGGACAAUGCAAACAACCUAGAAAGAAAACUUCAGUCUUGGUAGACUCUGGUAAAUUUUACCUAUGACCCUACCACCGAAAUAGCUACUACUUUUGUACUGACUAUACGCAAUGCCACAAUUUAUAAUAUCCACCCUAUUACUGCAUUAGGAUUAAAUCAUGAAAGAGCAGUGCUCUACCCCUCAGAACAUAGAGCAUGGGCCCAGAUAAUGAAUGAAAAGUGGCAAACUGUGAAUUUGGAAUCGUGUGUUACCCGGGAACAAGGGUUCAUCUGUGACACUAACAUGAUUGAUGUACAAGAUAUAUGCCUAGACACUGAGCAAAACAUUUGCCACUUUGAGAUUCAUCCAGAUACUAGUCAAAAGACUAUGCUUGUAUAUAUUGGCCUAGGCUGUGUAUGUUUAAGAACUGCAUGUGUUUCUGUAGAAAUAGAUGAUAACAAUGUAAUCUUGACUACUAGGAACUAUUCCAAUUUUUGUAUUUGUAAUUUUGUUAAGAUUGUAGGGUGUGAUUUUUCAUAUUUAGCACCGGUUACAUCCCACCAGUUGAUAAGAUCCAAUUACACAAUGUACCAUCAGUUAUCACCAGCACCCAUUGGAAUGAACCUUACAUUAGUGAGACAACUAAUGAACCACCAAGACCUGACAGAAAUCCUGAAAGAGAUUCAGGAAAAAGGGCAAAAGACUCUGGUUACUGUCUAUCAUGAUGUAAAAGAAAUAAGCAAAGUAUUACAAAGGGUAAACCGAGACACAAAUCACCACUGGUGGGAUGCACUCUUUGGAUGGUCGCCGACUGCAACUGGAAUUUUGAACACACUUUGCCACCCCAUCAUUGUCAUACUGACAUUAGUAGGUAUAAGCCUGGUGUUAUCAAUUGCAAUGCUUGUUUGGAAUGGGAGAAUGUUAAAACGGAUAGCUGUACUGACUUCCCUAGCAGUAGCCUAUGGUAAUGCAAUGAGGGAUAUGUAUCGAGAUGGGCGAGCUGCGGAGGUAGAUUGGGAAAGGAAAAGGCAUCAGUAUUGCUAAGUAAAAGAAUUUACUGAUUUUCUAGAAAAGGGGGGAUUGAGACAGAGAAAAUAAAGCAAGGGUGCCUGGCAUUCGGCCAAGAGCACACUGUAUUAACAGAGAACUGUUCCUUAAAAGCACCAGUCUGUUACAUAUUAGUUUCAAAAUCCCCCAGCAAAUCAAUCUUCUCUCUCUGGCCCCAAUGGCUCUCCUAAAUUCCUUCUUUGGGGCUCUGGUCACUGUUAUGCUCACCUGGUACUGAUUAUCCUCUCAUACUUCGGGCCUCAAAACUGGGAAACACGAUAUCGAAGUUUGGAAGAUGGCCAGAAGAACAAAAGAGCAUGCGCAAGGAGACGAGGUGAAAAGUUCAGCUCAGAGGAUGACUGUGAUAUAUGUCCUAAAGUUAAUUCGUGUUGAUAGAUAAAAAAUGUAAUAUCAUCUCAAUAAAUGUAAGUUUUGUUUUAAUCCAACAAACUAUGAGUCAACUCAAAGGAAAGCAGCUCAGAAAAGGUGCAGGAAUUUCUCUCGCUUGAAAGGACAAGGGAGGGGGAAGCACGAGACAUAACAUGAUUAAGAAUUACCAGGAGAGAGACACAAACAUGCUUUGGCUACAAAUCGUUAAAAAGGAAUGUAACAUCUGCUCUGAAGUUACUUCAUGUUAAUAGAAUAUAAAUUGUAAUACUGAAUGUAUGAUUAUAAGUCCUGUAUAAACUAGCAUGUUAGAAGUUAGGUUUUGUUUUAGCAUUUUGUGGGUUAACUUGGGAAGAAGGGGAUUUAAUAGAAUACAAAAAUGUCCCUAGCCUGAAAAGGUUUGGGAGGGACACGGAAAGAGCUUGAUUGGAAUUACCAGAAAGGAGGACAGAAGACUGUCACUGCCAGGAAUCGCUGAAAGGAAACAAAGGGCAAUGGAACACAGAGAUGAUAGCCCGGAGAACCUGAUGAUAGUUUCAGAUCCGUAUCUAGAUGGUCUCCGGCCAAAAUUAGCAUGUCUACACCACACCUGGAACCGACCAUCGACAGCAUUGUCCUCCUCCGAUGAUCCAUUCAGACUCUUAGAACUGAAACUUGCAUACUUAAUGAAGCUGCCUCGGAUGGAGGACUUUCGACAUCUCAGGCCUCUCUCCGCGAUCCAGUGUAUAAAAAGAGGCUGCUGCAAACCACAGAUGUGAACUUGGGGAUAACAGACUGGCAGAGUGUGUUAUCGUUGUUCACCCGGCGCCGACCCCGGGCUUGACGCUGUCCUUUUAAUUGUGGCUGUCCGAGACUGUCAUUUUGUCUCUCAAUAAAAUUCCAAAUUUUGAUUUAUCGAAUUUGGCCUUCUCAUUUAUAACAAUGACUAUGUGCUUCAUCCCCAAAGACCCCCGACGACCACCAGAGUGAUCAAUAAGGAGCAGUGC